UAUGGCUUCGGGAUUUCGAGAAUCCGAAAAAGGGCUGUCUUCUGUUCUCUCUCUUACGCUUGGAAACAAAAUAGUUUGUUUCAACUCUUCCAGUUUUCUCCAUUCCCCCUUUUUCUACAUCUUUGGCAUAUAUUUAUAUAUAUGUAUGCGUUAUGCAUUUCUCUAUUCUUCUUCUUCUUCCUCUUCUCAUUUCAUUUGGUCGAUACUGCUGUAAUCCUGCUACCGGUCGACCUUAGUAAACCUCCUGCUUCUUCCGCUUCUUCUGCUACUCACCCUCAGCCCCCCUCCUCCUCCUUCUUCUUCUUCUGUCCAAAAUCUUUGAUCACCGCCAUUCACUUUCCAAUUCAUCUCACGCCCACUCAUUCCUACUCCUCUAUACGCAUUUGCAUUGCGUAUAUAUUGAUUAGAUCUACCCGUCUCUUGAAAUCUCAUUCCGAAUGGACAAUUCGGACUCAGGCGAAAUGGGUUCGCCUCAGAACUCAUCGCCCCGCUUAAAAAACCCAUUCCUCAUUGAUCUUAAUCAAACUCCGGUCUCUUCUCCUGGAGAAUCCGCCGUCCAAGACGACGCCUUUGAUGGAUUUUCCGGCGAGGUUUCAGCCGCAUUUUGCGGGAAAGCAGCGGAGAACGGUGCGGAGAAUGUGCUGUUAAACGGGGAAAGCAUUUUGAAACGGACAGCUGUCCCUUUCAACAUUCAUGUCUUGCCGCCAAGAGAUGCCGCAGGUCAGUGCUCUUCUGCGGUGGGGGCGGCGGCUGUAAGGGCGGCGAAUAACAACAAGGUGAACUCGAUAUGUAAUACCGGCUCUAUUGGUUACUGUUUAAACGGCUCAGAGAGAACUGCAAAUUUUGAGUAUGGGCUUAGCACACAGAAUGAACAUGGCAUUCAGCCUGGAUCAGUUAGGGCUGAAAGUAGUUUCAGUCCUCUAUUUACAUCUCUGAAGUACCCAUCCCUGUAUCGCGCAGAGGAUGGGUUUCCUUUCCAGUUCAAGGAUUUUUUUGUCCUCGCUACAGGGAAUGUUGAUCCUCGGCCAUCUUACCACAAUUGCACCCAGAUUUGGCCCAUUGGAUACAGAUCUUGCUGGCACGAUAAGUUUACCGGCUCAAUUUUCAAUUUUGAAGUCUGUGAAGGGGACGAUUUUGGUCCCAUUUUUAAUAUCCAGAGGUACUCAUGCUCCAAGGUGCCAAUUCCAAUUGGUUCAACAGUACUCACUAGGCACAAAAUAGAAAAACUUAAUGGACAAAGCAAAGUGAGCCAAAAUGAGUUGUACUCAUUUGAAACCGAAGAUGGCGAGAGUUCAAGCACUAAGAUGGUGCUAUCGGAGCAGACUUCGCCUUCUCUAGAAGAUAUGAAGGAUGAUUUGCAGCCUUGUGAAUCUAUUGGUGAGUUUUCUGCUGUGGGAAGGUUAGCAUCACGGGCUUGGGAGAAUGCUGUGAAGAUUUUACUGGAAAGAUGCCACAUAGCAUACAAGCAAACCAAGGUAGUUCAGUUCUGCUGCAGCCAUCGUCAUGAUGUGGAAAGCAGUGAUGGAUUUGACAGCUUUGAUUCACUGUCUAGGUUCGGUAGUCUAUCUGGACUAAUCGAAUUUCCAAGUGUGAUUCGAUCCGAAUCAGAGUUUAAAGCUUCAGAUGCAAUGCUGAGGAAUUGGUUAGGAAAGGACAGGUUUGGAUUGGAUGCUGAAUUUGUCUUGGAGAUCCUAGAGAAACUUCCUGGGGCGCAUGCCCUUAGUAAAUACACACAUCUGAACAGAAGAAUCCAACAUAUGGAUUCUCAAACAGUUAGAAGUGGAUACCUUUUUUCUACAAGGACAUAUGCUGAACUAACUAAAGGAGUUUGUGAAAGGGGUCAAAGUCCUUUACUAGAAGAGAAGAGAAAGGAGCCCUUUCCUUUAGGACAGCCAUUGAGUUCGAAGCUGCCUACUGAUAGAGUUGGUGAUUUCAUGGAGGUAUGGGAGUUCCUUUGCCAUUUUGGAGUUCUUCUAGACCUGGAAGAAGAUUUAUCAUUCCAAAAACUUGAAGAUGAACUCAUCAACCCAUGGACUGCUCUGAAAGAGCAUAUGGGAGAGCCUCAAAAGGUCUAUGAAGACGAUCUAGUUACGUGCACUGGAAACAUGCUGAGAAAGAUCCACACCUCACUUCUGAGAAUAAUCAUGGAGGAUCUCCUUGUUAAAGUUGCACGUAAUGUUGAUCCCAUUUUUGAGGCUGGGGGCUUCAAGCCUAAACAAGGAAGAAAGAAUGAUGAUGAUGAGUACUUUGAUUAUAGUUCUGAGGAGGAAGAUCCUGAGCCAGAGCAGGGUAUGAUGGACAACCAUUUAUUUUUAAAGAAAAUAAAGUUUGAUCUUCUUCAAAUUAACGAAGUUACGUGGCCUGAAUUGACACGGCGAUAUAUCUUGAUGAAACUGUUGGCAAAAUGUAAGCUUGACUCGAGAAGGGUCGUUACUCGCGAGAGUGUCAAGAUAUUCCGUGGUCUACAAGGUGAUGGAGGAGUAUUAUGUGCUUCCUUCACUGGAGUUGCUGGGAUGGAGGCCGAUGCAAAGUUCCUUGUAGAAACUACAGAAGGGGUCCUUGGUUCGACAAAGGAAAAUGACAUUGUUAUCCCUGGCUAUGAAGAGCCUGCUUCAGAACUUGCUUCUGAAUGGGUGCGUGCACUAGAACCUGUACGGAAGAUGGCAACAAAUGUAGGUGCACGAAUUAGAAAUCAAGUGAAGGACUCCUUGGAAAAGAAUCCACCAGAAUGGGCGAGGAAGUUGCUGAAUGAAUCAAUUAGCAAAGAAGUUUACAAGGGUAAUGCAUCGGGACCAACUAAGAAAAUGGUUCUUCAAGUUUUGACAGUUGUGCACACUCGAAAUGAGUCCAGUGAGAUGCCGAAGUGUGACAUUGCUGCAUCCAAUUUAAUAUCGAGAAAAUGCAGAAAUGUCUUGCGUCGUGCUAUAUGCGAAGAUAAGAAAAAUCUCUUAUGCUAUCUACUGGGGAAUGCACUUGUGAACCACAAUGAUUACCAUAGUGAAGGAUCCCUAGGAUAUCCGGGAAUGGUGUCCCGACCUUUGGACUUUCGGACUAUCGACGUCAGAUUGGCUAAUGGGGCAUACAAUGGAUCUCCUAAUGCGUUUGUGGAGGAUGUUCGCAAUGUCUGGGAUAACGUGCGGAAGGCUUUUGCACAUGAAAGUGAUAAACUCAGUUUGGUUGAGCGUUUAUCACGGAACUUCGAGGAAAUGUACGACAGGGAGGUGCUUGUCCUGGUGAGAAAGGUUGAGGAACUAUGUCAAAAGAGCAAGUCAUCAAGUAUAGAUGAUAUACUCUUCCAUUCGACUGACACCUCACUUCCAAAGGCUCCAUGGGACAAUGGUAUAUGCAAGCUUUGUGGGGUGGACAAAGAUGACAAAAAUGUCCUGCUGUGUGAUAUUUGUGACAGCGAAUAUCACACAUAUUGUUUAACGCCUCCACUUGCAAAGAUUCCAGAAGGAAAAUGGUUUUGCCCUUUGUGUAUUUCUAUGAAAGCCAAAUCCAAAUCUCGAGGCGUGAAAGGUGCCUCGAAGAAAACUGUCAGUGAGGGCCAUGAAGGUGCCUUGAAGAAUGCUGUUAGUGAGGACCAUGGACAUGAACAGACUGAACUAGAGGCUUUAAAGGAUCUUCUUACUCAACUUGCAAGAUCUAUGGACGCGGUAGAGUACUGGGAAAUGAGUGUAGACGAGAGGAUUUCCCUGUUAAAGGUUAUUUGUAACGAGGCUUUGUGCACGCGUCUAUUCCAUAACCAUAUUGAUCAGUGCACCAUGACAUCUAGUGAUCAGCAACAGGAAUUGCAUGCAUUUGGUUUAAAUUCGUCUCUGAAAUCAAGUUUGCUUUCGACCAAGGCAGCUGCUUCCUUGGAAAAGAAGUAUGGAAUGCACCUAAACAGGUGCACAUGUCUCGAAUUUGCAUGUUCAAUGAGACCACACUGUAUGUCUUGCCAUCAUACAUUUUCUUCCAUGGAGGAAAUGGCAAGACAUAGUGGAACUUGCACAGGAAAAGGAAUGGAUAAGCCAAAUGUCAAGGAACCCCUCAUUUACACUCAAUACAGUCUUCAAGAUUUGACAAGUAAGAUACCGGUUGCUGAUCCUGCAUUGCGGUUGUUGACCUCUACAUCAGAAAAGAAAUCAAUACAACUUGAAGGGCAACUAAAAAUGUUGUCCUUGGCUGGAUGCAGUAGUUCUAAAUCUGCACGAGGAAAACUAGUAGGUAAGACGUCUCAGAUUCUGAGGCAGCUUAAGGCCAUGUUGCUUGAUAUAGAUGCUGCACUCCCAGAGGAAGGAAGGAGACCUUCUAUGGCUGCCUUGGAGAAGAGAUUUGCUUGGCGUGAUUUUGUUAAAUCUGCAAGCACAAUUAACGAGAUGGUAAAAGCGACGAUCCUACUGGAGAAUAUGAUAGGAGCCGACUAUUUGAACAACAACUGGUGGCACUGGUCGUCUCUCUCGGCUGCAGCCAAUACUUGUACUGUUUCUUCCCUUUCUCUACGAAUAUGUACUUUGGACGCUGCCAUCAUGUACGAAACCCCUUUGCCAUCUCCGAGUUCUAAUGGAGGGGAGAAUCCUCCUCCUAAGGGUAAGGGCCGGUCUUCAAUGCAAAUCGAUGGCUCGAGACCAAAUGCAGAGUCGAGAAAGAGGAAGGACAAAUUCUAGAAGCUGCAGUCCAUCUGCACAGUGCGUUGAUUGCACAAUCCUUGAAGCUGGUCAGGGAGGUUUCAGUUAUGGGAAUAGAAGCGGGUUUACUAUAUUGGCACCCAAUCCUAGUGGGUAGGGUUGAUAGAGUUUUGAUGCUGCUGGCGGGUCUGUGGAGAAUGGUAGCGGUUAUGUAGACUAUCUGGUUUUCGUGACAUCACAGAUUAAUUUUAUAACUUUAACUGUACAGUGUAGUUUGGUUGUCAUUGGAUCAAACUAUUUUAGUUAAUGAAUAGAAAUAGAAUUACAUACAUUACCUAUAAAUAAUUGGUUACUUUCUUACAUGAUUGUAACUUAGAUCCUCAGCUGACAUUCUCUGAAUAAUAUAUUUUCGGCACAUUGUUUAUUAUCAA